AUGGUUAUAUACUCGUAUCCACAUUGUGAAAGAGUCUUCAGUCGUCGUGCUUCUCUACGAAAUCAUGUGAAAACUCACGAUGAUAUAAUUGAUAAAGUUCUUAGAAAAAUUGCUGAAGAAGUAGAAUAUGAACAAGAGAAAGUGGUACAAGAGGAGGUGAGCUACGAAAAAGAAAGUGAAGAUAAUGAUGAAGUACUAGAGGAUGUGAACUACGAAGAAGAAAGGGAAGAUAAUGAUGAAGUAUUAGAGGAUGUGAACUACGAAGGGGAAGGGGAAGAUGAAGGGGAAGAAGAAGAGGAAGGGAGCGAUAAUGAUGAACAACUAGAAGAGAUGAGCUAUGAAGAGGAAGAGGAAGAGGAGGAAGAGGAAGAGGAGGAAGUGAUUGACAAAUCAAGAGACAUUGAAAUCGAAUAUUCGCUAAUUGAUGUUGAACUAAUCCCAACCUUCGAAUCUCUUGAUAUUAGAGUAACAAAUAUACCAGAAUUUUCAAGCGAAGAGUUUGGAAAUUUUAUGGAGUUGCUUACUAAAUGGAAUUUGUCUGAUGCAUGUGGUAACGAUAUACUUAAAUUUUCAAAAAAGAUUUGCCGCGAUAAUGUAAUUUUACCUACGUCGGUAAAAAAAGGUCAUCAAUUGUUGGAUCAAAUUGUUGUACCACAUAUUUCUUUUAAAAAAGCUCUUAUCAUGACAUAUAAACAAGAAACGUAUUAUCUUCAUUAUCGUCCGAUUUUUGACGUUAUAAAGGAAUUGUUGAGCAAUAAGGAUAUAUUUGCCCAUUGUACUUUUAAAUUUACACUAUUAAAUCAUAACGGAGAAAGAAUAUAUCAUAAUGAACAAUAUAAUGGACAAUGGUGGAAAAGAGUCCAAAAAUCACUUCCUAAUGGUGCAAAUGUAUUGUCAGUAAUUUUAUAUUUGGAUACUACGACACGAGAUUUACCAGAAAAUGCUGCGGUAACUUUAACAUUUAACUCUGUUAAUUGUCACCACCCUUGUCAUAAAUGUUUAGUAGAGCGUAAGAAGCUGAACAAUGUGGAGUUAACAAACGAUCAAAUUAUCUUAAGAACACCAGAAAAUAUAAGAUGUCUUGUUGAACAAAAUUCUGCACAACAAUAUUCUCUACCACCGGUCAAAUGA